AUGCAAAGUUCCCCACUAGCGAACAACAAAAAGAAGUCAAAUCUCCAGCAACAUAACAAGGAGUCAUGGACAAAGGACAUCAUCAGCUCAUCUUCGUCAUUCACCAUUCAUCUUCGCCAGUAUCAGGCGAACAACAAAGCUCUUCACCGUCAACGGUCACCGAACAGUCACUUGUCUCCGCCAACAGAGCAUCCGUUGUUGGCCUUUCUCUACUCCAGUCAUCUCCAAAAACAGGUGGUCCCCACUUCCGAAAAGAAACAGUCACCCACUUGCCCUAAUGUUUAG